CGUCUCGCUCGCACUCGGUGGUGCAAAAGUCCACUUUGUACUGCCUGUCAACGGCCUUCCUUAAAAACAACUUUCGAUCUUUUAUCAAUACCCAGACUAUGGCAAAUAAUAAUAAUAAGUUGAGGUGCAGAACGGUGUACGCUUUCGCUAGGGAAAUGUAUCCAAAAACGGUCAAGUGUGAUAUCUCAUAUGGAACUGCUGGAUUCCGGACAAGGGCAACUGAUUUGGAAUAUGUUAUGUACCGAAUGGGACUGUUGGCCGUCUUGCGAGCCCGAUUUAAGAAAGCUGUUAUAGGUGUAAUGAUUACGGCCUCGCAUAACCCCGAGCCGGAUAAUGGGGUGAAAUUGGUGGAUCCUAUGGGCGAAAUGUUGGAACAAAGUUGGGAAAAGUGGGCCACUAAAAUUGCCAAUGUUACCGAUGAUAAAUUAGAAAACGUCAUACACGACAUCAUUAAAGAGUGCGAUAUUCAAAACAUGAACGAUCGUCCGGAAAUUGUUGUUGGCAAGGACACGAGGCCUAGCAGCCCUAGCUUAGCAAAGGCUGUAUUUGACGGUGUAUUGGCCAUGGGGGGUAAACCGAUUGAUUACGGAAUAGUUACCACUCCACAGCUCCAUUAUUUUGUCGUUUGCAAAAACACAAACAGGGCAUAUGGGCAACCCACUGAAGAAGGAUACUACAGAAAGUUGACUAAUGCCUUUAAUAAAGUCAGGGGCGAGAAGUUGAAUAACGGAAAUUACACUAAUAGCAUUCUGUAUGAUGGAGCGAAUGGUGUAGGUGCGAAAAAGGUCAAGUAUCUUAAGGAAGGUCUGGCAGGCAGUUUGCUCAUCGACAUGUACAAUGACGAAAUUAUUGGCUCGGGGAAACUUAACUAUCUGUGUGGAGCUGAUUUUGUCAAAACCCAACAAGCCUUUCCGACUGGCCUACCUCGAACUCCAAACGCUCGAUGUUGUUCAGUGGAUGGAGACGCCGAUAGGCUGGUUUAUUACUAUCUGGAUGAAAGUGGGAAGUUUCAUCUGAUGGACGGCGACAGAAUAGCCACCCUCAUAGCCGGAUAUUUAAAGGAGAUUCUAGAAAAGACUGGGAUGGCACAGAAAUUGAAGUUGGGGCUGGUUCAGACUGCCUAUGCCAAUGGCGCUUCAACCGAUUAUAUCACCAACAAACUGCAAGUUCCUGUAGCUUGUGUUCCCACUGGUGUUAAAUGGCUGCAUCACAAAGCCCUCGAAUACGAUAUUGGAGUGUAUUUUGAGGCGAACGGCCACGGCACGGUAGUCUUCAACGCUGAAGCCAAAGAAAAGCUCAGAAACGCUUUCCAACUGAACAACCUGACCCGGGAACAAAAAGACGCAACUUCAAGACUAAUUAAUAUAAUCGAUAUUAUUAAUGAGACGGUGGGAGACGCAAUUUCGGACAUGUUGCUGGUCGAGACCAUCUUGCACGCCAAGGGCUGGGAUAUUACUCAGUGGGAGGCGGCUUACGCCGACCUGCCGAAUCGUCUAUUGAAAGUUACUGUCCAGGAUCGCACCGUAAUCAGCACAACAGACGCGGAAAGGAAAUGCUCUACUCCCGUUGGGCUGCAAGAGGAAAUUGAUAAAAUAGUGGCGAAAUAUUCGAAAGGAAGAUCGUUUGUACGACCGUCAGGUACUGAAGAUGUAGUUAGGAUAUAUGCAGAAGCAGCCACAAGACAGGAUUGUGAUAAAUUGGCCUCCGAAGUAGCCAAGAUAGUGCAUGAAUUAGCUGGCGGAACUGGAAGUCCUCCGGAGAUUUCGGAAUAAGGAUUCGAGUAACGAAAUUACAAUCAUGCUAGCUCGUAUGCCAUUUUAGAUAGAACUUCUGUUUUGAUCAGCAUGUGCAAAAGUUCGACGGUUUAAGGGCACUACUUCGAGCAGUCGCUCAUUCAUUGGGUUCUGAAAUACGUUUCUCACCGCUCGCUCUUUAAAAUGUGUUCCUUGACCCCGAAAUGAAUCAAUAAAUCAACGGGAAACAAUAGGAACAAAAGAGCGUGUUGCAUUUUGAAUGGUUGCAAAUCUAUUCCACAACGCAAUGAAUAUAUUCGGUUUUUCUUUCAUAACGCCUUGAUAAUAUUAAGUUAGUUAAUCCCAUGUUUGAAAUUCGUACAUUUAAUAUUUUACAGUCGCAAAAUGAACAUGUUUUGGCCAAAGUAGAAUGGGUGCUGUACACAAUAAUAAUGCGAUGCACUUUCAAUUGAACUGAAGAUAAUUUGGUAAAUGUUGUGAUAAGAACAUUGAAGACAUCUCAGAAAAUUGAGACUAAAGCCAUAAUAUGCCGUGAUGAUUAAACUAUAUUCCAACGAAAGUCAUCCACGCAUUAAAGACUUCUUAAUUGUAAUUUUUCGCUUUUAAGUAGGACUUUAACUAGUACAUUUUUUUUAUCAUCUUUACGAAAUUUAGUUUAAGGAUACACGCUUGGAUUCUUAAUCGAUUAAAUAAUAAGUUUAAGUUAGUCAAGCUAUGGAGCUAGAAGGUUUUAGGUUUUAUUUUGAAAUGUGCGGCCUCUGGCAGUUAUAUAGCCGGGAUCUUUUUUAUGUCUGAAAAGGCAAUCCGUCUAAAAAGCAAAGGCUUUCGGCUUAAGCAAAACACAUCAAUUAUCACUACUUAGUUAGGAUCAACUUUAUAUAGCAAGGUUUCUUCUGAGUGUUAUGUUUAUAAACGAAUAAUUUAUUUUUAGAGUGAAACCAUACUCGGGUUGGUUUUGGAAGAUUUUUAUAGCGCCAUCGGCUUUAUUUAUUUAUGUUUAAGAGUUUACUUUGUUAUGCAAUUAAUAUAUUAAUCUAUUUUGUAUAUUAUUGUUUACGGUUGAUAUUUUACAAUUUGUAUAUUUUUGUCUAAUAAUAUCUAAUAUCAAAUAUAAAGUUUUAUAAGA